AGUGGCCAGAACUGCUUGAAUAUCCACAUUUCAGUUUCUCCACCUAUCAAGUUUUAAUUCAUCAUGGAUAAUCUGUCAGCAGAAGAAAUUCAGCUGAGGGCUAACCAGGUUACUGCUGAGUCUCUGGAAAGUACAAGGAGAAUCCUGGGUUUAGCCAUUGAGUCUCGGGAUGCAGGAAUCAAGACUAUCACUAUGCUGGAUGAACAAGGGGAACAACUGAAACACGUAGAAGAAGGCAUGGACGAAAUAAACAAAGACAUGAGAGAAGCAGAGACGACUGUAACAGAACUAAACAAGUGCUGUGGCCUUUGUGAAUGCCCCUGUAAUAGGACAAAGAACUUUGAGUCUAGUAAAGCCUAUAAGGCAACAUGGGGAGACGGUGGAGACAACUCUCCUAGCAAUGUAGUAUCUAAGCAGCCAGGCCGAGUGACAAAUGGUCAGUCUCAGCGAGCAACCACAGGAACAGCCAGCGGCGGAUACAUUAAUAUAACAAAUGAUGCCAGGGAAGACGAAAUGGAAGAGAACCUGACUCAAGUGGGCAGUAUCCUAGGAAAUCUAAAAAACAUGGCCCUGGACAUAGGCAAUGAGACUGAGGCUCAAAAUCGACAAAUAGAACGGAUCACAGAAAAGGCUGACACCAACAAAGAUCGUAUUGACAUUGUCAAUGCCAGGGCAAAGAAACUCACUGACAGCUAAAGCUACCGCUGUACUUCUUUAUCAUUUAUUCACUUCCCUACUCCUCCUUCAAAGUCAUUACCUUUCCAGAGUUUGAAAUUUUGGUUCCACACUCUUCUAAUCGGGAGAUGAUGUGGAAGAAGAUCUAGGAGUAACAGCCCCCCUAUUCUUUUAUUUUCUCUUUUUCCCUUGAGGGUAGACUGUGGCUUAGUUUUCCUUCUAGUACUUUCUUUCUCAGUCCAUACUCUUCGAUUGGUUUUCAUACAUCAUAUAUAGUGUUAUUUUUCAUUCUCUCCAUUUACUUAGCAAGUUCUUCUGCUUUCAAACUUUGGAAGCAUUGCCAAAGACAGCCAUGUAAAAGGCUGGGGGCAUUAGGGGCAGGCGCAAGGAGGAGAGGCAAGAGAUAAGAGGUUGUUACCUCAGUGAAACCUGCAGACCCUAAAGCCAAAAGUUGCAUAACCACAGUGCAGAACUAGUUGGGUUUAAUUUCUGUUUAAGUUGCAGUUUUUGCCAAUUUAGGCCAAUGCUUGGUUUUGGAGCCUGUAUACAAAAUAUUUUUAUUAUA